CCUCACUGUCCUCCCUGCGCUCCGCACAAGAUCCUCGCUCCCUCGCCACGGUCACGGACACAGCAGCCAGCCACCGGAGCCGGAGGUGGAGAGAGACAAGACAACACAAGCGAAGCAGCGGCGCGGCGAUGGGGGGCUGCUACGUGGGCAAGGCCACCAAGAUCUUCCUCGCCCUCCUGGCUGUCCUCGCCGCUGUCGGCGUCGUCCUCGCCUUCCGCGCCGUCCUCCACCGGUCAGCCAAGUCCCGCCCCAGCUCCGCAUGCGCCGCCGCCGACGAGUGCCAUCCCAUCCUGCCCUAUCCCAGCCAGCAGCCCGCCACCGCCGCACGGCCGCCGCCGACGCCGGCGCAAAAUCCCGGCUUUCCCACCCCGGACACCGCCUUGCCGCUGCCAUCUCCUCCGCCGCUGCUGGUACCCCCUCUUCAGCAGCAGCCGCCGCCGGCAGCAGUCGUCUCAGCCCCGCCGGCAGAAGUCGCGUCACCUCCACCGGCAUUCACCUCACCGCCGCCUCCAGAAACGCUACUGCCGCCACCGCCGGCGUCGUUGUCGCCUCCUCCGCCUGCUGCCCCAGCGGCGCCGAGCCCAACGAUAUCAUGAUGCUGCUUGAUUUCUUGACUGGCUUGGUCUCAGAGCAGAUUUGAGGUGGAUAGUUGGAUUUGUUAUUGUUCAUGUGCUGAUUCAGUUUAUCUUGGAUUGAAUUCAUCAUCGCCAUAGGGAUCUCACCGAUUCUACUGCCAUCUUUUCUUUCCAAUUUGUUCUGUUGUUUACAGUUUACAUUCUGAAAAUGGAAGUUCACUGAUUUGCUCAUGAUUCUG